UACCUCAUCGUUCGCGUCAGUCGUUUUCCGAGGCCUAGUCGGUGUAUCGUGUGUGUUGCGAGUCUCCUUUCAGAAUCGUAUUCGCAUCGCGAAACAGGAGAAAGGAAGACGAAAAAGGGUGACGGAAAGGACGCGUCGUUUUGGAGGCCGCUUCAGGCUUUCCAUUCUCGAUUCGAAUUUCAGUGCGCAUUUUUGACGAAAAGCGAGUUCGAGGGUUGAUCGAUCGAUCGAUCUCUCGAGAGAAUAAGUGCGAUCCUGUGGGAGAAGAGACGAACGCCGGAUCGGUCGGCGCGUCGCUCCUGUGCGCAGCUCGGGCCCCCGGACAGGCCCGAAACGAAAAUUCACGCGGUACGACGGUCAGUUGCAGAGCCGACCGCGGACGGGAUCGUGACAACGUGGGACGUCAUCGAGGGAUUCGACACUGCGCCACGGACGGAAGAUUAAACGAAAAUGGCGCUGUUCGGUUUGGUUUCUGCAGUUUCCGGCUUCGUCAAGGUGCGAUACUUGAUUGACAAAGCUGUUAUCGAUAACAUGGCCUUCAGAAUGCAUUAUAGAACCACGUCGGCUAUUCUGUUCGCAAGUUGCAUCAUUAUUACUGCCAGUAACUUGAUAGGUGACCCCAUCCAGUGCCUGUCGGAAUUGCCCUCAUCCCACGUGAUAAACACGUAUUGCUGGAUCACGUAUACGUUCACGCUGCCGGAGACCCAUUCGCAGCCUGUGGGUACCCACGUGGCUCACCCAGGUCUGGGCGGCGAUUACGGGGAGAAGAGGUACCACUCGUAUUACCAGUGGGUGCCGUUCAUGCUGUUCUUCGAGGGCGUGCUUUUCUACAUACCGCACUGGAUGUGGAAGCAUUGGGAAGAGGGUAAGAUCAGAACGAUAUCCGAGGGCAUGAGAGGUGCCAUGGUCGAAACCAAGCAGGAGCGACAAUCCAAGAUCGACAGACUGGUCCAAUAUCUUAUCGAGACUCUGCACAUGCACAACAGCUAUGCCGCUGGCUAUUUCUUCUGCGAACUCCUCAAUUUCGUCAACGUCAUCGGCAAUAUAUUCUUCGUGGAUACCUUCUUGGGCGGCGCUUUCCUUACAUACGGCACGGAAGUAUUGAAGUUUAGCAACAUGAACCAAGAGCAACGUACUGACCCGAUGAUCGCGGUAUUUCCGCGCGUGACCAAGUGCACCUUUCACAAGUUUGGUGCCUCCGGCACGAUCCAAAAGUUGGACGCGCUCUGCGUGCUCGCGCUCAAUAUUCUUAACGAGAAAAUUUACAUCUUCCUGUGGUUCUGGUUCAUUAUACUGGCGAUUUUCUCUGGCUUGGCAGUGCUUUACAGUGCGGCCAUAGUGUUGAUGCCUAGCACGCGGGAAACGAUCCUUAAGAGGCGUUUCAAGUUUGGUACACCAGCUAUGGUUAACACGCUCAUUCGAAAGACUCAGGUUGGCGACUUUCUGAUGCUUCACUUGCUAGGUCAGAAUAUGAAUCUCAUGAUGUUCAAUGAAGUGCUGGAGGAGAUGUGUCGGCGUUUGCAAUUCGGCAGUAGUAGCGGCGCCUCGCCGGUAUCAGUACCGUCAGCACCCAGCACCCUUGAAAUGUCAACACCGAUAUAUCCGGAAAUCGAAAAGUUCGCCAAGGAUACUGAGAUCUAAAUACGAGAAGAGGUUUUGGCGACAAAGUUGUCGUUUUCCUCUACUGCCUCUUUUUACUUGUUCGUAUUGUGAUAAUACCGCAGACGGUUCUACAACGUGGUACUGUCGUCUCGGUGCCAAUAAAAAAAAAAAAAAAAAAAAAAUAAGGUUCGUGCCGCGUCAUCGGUUAACUUAGUCCGCACGUAUGUAAAACCAUACGUGUAUCUCUCUCUUAUUUCUGUUAUCUAUUGGGGUGUCCAACAUGGCAUUGCUAUUAUGCGACACUGGUAAAACAUAGAUUUGAGUCGACAUUAAAAAGACUUGACUCUUGUCUUCUGUCAAUGAGAAUUUCACUCACGUGCUCAUUAAAACACAAGGCAAUCCUUGACGUUGAUAUCCAAUAAGAGAUUUACUUUCAAUAGAACAUUUUCAAAUAACAAAAUCACUAGACAAGGCUGAUUCUCGCUUUCUUUAUUAUGGAAAUCAUAUCCAAUUUGAUUGUCAUUUGAAAGUUCAUCUUAUUCGUGGAUGAAAUAAUAUAUCAAUAAAUUAAUACAAUGCGCGAUUUGUCUCAUUAGUUUUUGAUACUUUUCUCAUUAUGAAACAUCGUUCACUUAACGUUGUUAUCGCUAUUACAUAAAUUACAUAACUCUAAUACCCGAGCUUGACUUGAAGAAAAAUAGUAUGAACCAAUGCUAGCCCUCGUUAUCUCCUUAUUCAUCCAGCGAUCGUUAUGAAAUUUUCAUGUGUCGUAAAAACCAAGCGAGAACACAUAAAAUUGCAUACGCCAACGAGGCUUCUUGCCGAUAUUUCUCCAACUAGAUUUCUAUUAUUCAUUUUUUCCUGUUCUUAAAAGUAUUUCCGUUCGAGUGGCACAAUGCGAUUAAAGAUUAUACGACAUUGUAUUUCAACAGACUUGUCUAAAAAGCAUGUUGGUAUUUUAUAUUAACUGCAGCGACACGAACUAACAUUAGAUUAUCAAAUAUAUAAAUGUAGAUGAUACUACAUAAUGCUCUCGAAUUAUACGACGUAUGCACGUGUAAUUGUUUACGAUUGUUAAGUCGCAACAAAUUUUCAAAUGUGAUAAAUUCACAUUCCCACUCGCUGUAAGAUCGAACCAUUAUAAUUAUUAAUCAUUCGUCCCAUAUAAAUGCCGAUUUAUUUCGCAGUAACUCGAAAAGAACAUGAGACACGUAAAUGACGUAAAUUGAUAAUGGUGUUCCUUAACUCUUCAUGUCACGAACGAAUUUCUUUUAUAUUUACCAUCGAGCAGAAGAAAAAGCAAGUAUCGAAACAGUAUUGUGGAUAUUUUGCAAUACUUCCAAUAUUUGCUUUUACACUACAUAAGAAAUUAUCCAUAGAUUGUUUAUGUGCGUUAGGAAGGCACAUAAAUAUUAACGUUUUAUCUAAGUGGUAUAAUUGUUUAUAGAGUAUCUUAUUAUUUUUGUGACGUUAUAUGACGAGUAUGUCAUUAUGAUUUUGUCUCAAUUGCAUAGAAAUGAAAAAAGACAUAGAUGAAGCUCUGCUCAACAACUAAUUAUCUAAUCCUUUAGACGAUUGUACGAAUAUAUCGUAUGUAUGUAUAUCCGAAAAUUUAUCUGCAGAAAGCGAUCUACUUUAAAGCUUAAUUUCCGAGCAAUAUACGCAAAACGCGCAUAUGUCACAUAUCAUAGAACAUCACACUGCGCGAUUAUUUAUAACAAAGAUGUAAAAAUAUUGCGAGUUACUUUACACCAUGGGAUGGUGUAAUUGCACUGCCUAUAAAAGUAAAAUAGCGUAUCAACAACCGGAAAAAACAAAAAGAAGCAUGGUGUACAUCGAGAAUAACUCAUCUGUUUUCUAUAAAUUAUUAUUUUUUUUUAAAGUAUUUUCAUGCGGCUGGCGCUAUAAUUGUAACAAGAAUUAAGCGAAUAGUAUAAUUUAGAUUCGAUUAAAAAAAAACUAUUCAUGCGAUCUCAUUGAUCGUAGUCACAUCCUGUGUUUAGUUUGUCUUCUUCUUUUUCGCAGAUUAUUGUAGAAGAUCUCUACAUGUAUCAGAGAUUAAAUUUCUGAACCGUGAAAAUUAAUUACGCUGAAAAUUACAUUGGGAAAAACAAAUUAAAGAAGAAAUGAAGAUUAUAUUUAAAAUACAACAUAUGAAAUAGGAAUCUGUAUAAAAUGUAUAGGAGUUCUUCUAUACAUGAUCAUAUCUUACGAUACAUAAAAAUCUUCAUAAUGUUCUUAAUGAUAUAAUUAAGUACUUUAUUAACCUUAAUUGGGAUUAUUACAAUUUUGUUUGCGAACGAUAUCAUAUCCGAAUAUUAUGCUGUCUCGUAAGUAGACUUCGCGCGAUUAAUUAUCACGUAUGCGUAAUCUACCUUCCUGUUAAUAGAAACAAUAGGGACAUUCCUUCGACGUUUGGAUAGAUUCCUCUAUGUCUUCUUACCCGCGAGAAUGAUGUAUAAGCGUUGCCAACAAUAACUAUAUAUAAUGAUAAUAUUAUAACGAUCCUUUUCCUUUACGAUAUUCGCAACCCAUUAGAUUAUCAUUAAUCGCGAUCCGAGUGAUAUCUUAAGAUAGAUAUUUAAGAUGAAUGAAAGAGAGGGAGAGAAAGAGAACGAGAGAAAGAAAGAGAUUAAUUAUAGAUGUAAUAGUUGUUCGUAAAAAAUGUGCCUUUUAUAUAUAUAUAUAUAUAUAUACAUACACAUAUUAUAUAUAUACACACACAUAUAUAUAAAUAGGAUACGAAAAGAAGAUUACAUACAUUAGCGUGUUCUUUAAGAGAAGCGGAAACGCUUCUCGUGACUCGCAUUCGAUGAGAGGAAGACUGCCAACAUGUGCAACGUCGUUAUAGCGAUUAAUACGAGAGAGAAUGACAGAGAAUAAACGAAAUUCUUUCCAA